AUGGCGCCUUGGACUCCCCAGCCCGCGGGUCUCCAGGAAAUCCUCCAAACCAUCCACGAAUCAACCGCAACCAGCGCCACUGUACAGCGUAAUAUCACAGAGAAACUAAAUCAAUUCACGCGUGCGCCAGAGUAUGUCGCCUAUCUCGCGUACAUCUUGAGUUCUAUGCCCCAGGAGGAGGAUCGCAUACGCACAAUUGCUGGAUAUCUGCUCAAGAACAAUGCACGACUCAUCCUGUCUGCACCCCAAGAGGUUGCAGAGUUUGUCAAAUCGGCGGUGCUUUCUGCCUUUAACGAUACAUCGAUUAUGAUUCGUAAUGCCGCGAGUCAAGACAUCGUCGCCUUUCUCGGCGUCCUCGAGCCGAGAAAUUGGCCAGAAUGCCUGCAGCACUUGGUUCUGGCUCUUGAUUCCACCGAUUUCGACAGGCAAGAGGCUGCCUUUAAUGCGCUAGAGAAGGCAUGCGAAGAUUAUCCUCGCAAAAUGGAUGUCGAGAUUAAUGGAACACGACCCCUCGAUUUCAUGAUUCCCAAGUUCCUCUCGCUUUCUGAUCAUCCUUCAGCUAAGAUGCGCUCCCAUGCCGUAGCAUGCCUUUCAUAUUUCGUCCCCAUCAAUUGCCAAUCGCUCUUUGUUCAUAUCGAUGCCUUUAUCGCUUGUCUCUUCAAACGAGCAUCUGACGAUGAUCCUUCGGUCCGCCGUCACGUCUGCCAAGCUCUGGUCUUACUUCUAGCAGCCAGACCUGAAAAACUUAUGCCAGAGAUGUCCAAUGUGGCCCAGUACAUGCUCUAUUCAACAAAGGACAAGAACGAAAACGUCGCUUUGGAAGCUUGCGAGUUUUGGCUGACCUUCGCCGAAGACCAGGAGUUAGCUCCAUACCUGCACCCUUUGUUAGAUCAGGUUGGACCAACUCUGUUGGAUUGCAUGGUUUAUGGAGACGACGAUUUGCUCUGGCUGGAGGGUGACGCGGAGGAGGAUAACGCCGCCGUACCGGACAAAGACACCGACAUCAAACCGCGUCAUUAUGGAGGAAGCAAAUCCCAUGGUUAUGAACGAGAAACUAACGGAGAAGAGGCGCAAGAAGCUCCCAAGACGCGUAUUGGUGCAUACGGCCAGGAGCUCCUCGACUCGGACGACGAGGAAGACUACGACCUCGAUGACGACGAUUUCGCCGAUGAGAUGACAACAGAGUGGAAUCUGCGGAAAUGUGCGGCCGCAGCACUGGAUGUUCUUGCUGUACGCUUUUCAGGAGAUUUAUUGAAGGUUUUGUUGGGCCCCUUGAGAGAGAAGCUUUGGAGCCAAGAUUGGCUGCAACGAGAGAGCGGUAUCUUAGCUCUCGGUGCUAUGGCAGAAGGUUGUAUCGAAGCUAUUGAACCUCAUUUGCCAACUUUAGUCCCAUAUCUCAUCAAUACCUUGAAUGAUCCAAAGCCUCUGGUACGAUCAAUCACAUGCUGGACCUUGGGCCGCUACGCCAGCUGGUGCACUCAGCCUAAGUCAGAAGAGCACAAAAAUCAGUAUUUCAUUCCUACUAUGGAGGGUUUACUGAGAAUGGUACUUGAUAAUAAUAAGCGUGUCCAAGAGGCAGGUUGCAGCGCAUUCGCUACGCUGGAGGAAGAUGCAGGGCCUGCUCUUGCCCCUUAUCUUGAACCAGUGCUGAGGAACCUGGUUAUUGCAUUUGAUAAGUACCAACACAAGAAUAUGCUUAUCCUUUAUGAUGCCGUCGGUACUCUUGCCGAUGCUGUGGGCAAAGCUCUGCAGAAUCCUGUCUAUGUAGAAAUUCUCAUGCCACCACUGACAGGCCGGUGGGCCAAGUUAAAGGAUGACGACGAAGAUCUAAUUCCUCUGCUAGAGUGCCUUGCCUCAGUCACCAUUGCUAUGGGGCCCGCUUUCCUGCCCUACGCCGGACCGGUGUUCGACCGCUGCAAUAAUAUCAUCCAUAACUCGCUCCUCGCGUACCAACAAUAUCAACAGAAUCCAGAUCUUGACGAACCAGACAAAGCUUUCCUCGUCGUCGCACUGGACCUGCUUUCAGGACUCAUCCAAGGUCUUGGCAUGGGUUUGGAGCCUCUGCUUACCGCCAGCAAUCCUAAUUUGCUGUCUCUGCUCACGGUAUGCUUGAAACAUCCUCAAGCCCCUGUAAGGCAGUCAGCGUACGCCCUUGUUGGUGAUCUCGCCAUGGGCUGCUUCCCCCUUCUUCGUCCUGCCAUGCCUGGGAUUAUGCAGGAGUUGAUUCUCCAACUUGACCCUGAACCUAAGUUUGAGUUUGUCAGUGCGUCGAACAAUGCUGCGUGGAGUGUUGGCGAGGUCGCGUUACGCUAUGGACGAGACGAACCUGAAUUCCAGCAAUGGGUUCUGCCAUUGAUCUCUAGGCUGAUCCCUAUCUUGCUCCACCCUAAGGCACCGAGAAGUUUGCAUGAGAAUGCAGCGGUGUCGAUAGGAAGGAUCGGAUUGAUGCAUCCAAAUCUCGUGGCUCCCCAUCUUCCCGAGUUUGCACAGGCUUGGUGCCAGGCCUUGUACGAGAUUAGGGACAACGAAGAGAAAGAUUCUGCGUUCCGUGGCCUGUGCACUCUUGUACAGACUAAUCCCGCUGGUAUGGCCAAGAGUUUAUUGUGGUUCUGCAACUCGAUUAUUCGUUGGAACCAACCAUCGCCCGAGUUGAACAACAUGUUCCAGACCCUUUUACAAGGAUUCAAGCAGCAUGAUGAAGCUGGAUGGGCGGCACAAGUCUCAUCAUUCCCACCAGUGAUACAAGAACGUCUUGCGGCUCGUUAUGGUGUCUAA